UCUGUGAGACUUCCUCUACUGUUCUUCACAAGCUCCAUCACUCUGAAGCUGCCAUCAUUUAGCAUCAGCAUGAGAGCUGUUGUAUUGCUGUGUCUGCUACAUGCAGCUCUUGGCUCUGAGUAUAACUGGGACGGACCCGUCCGUGUAGCUCCUGUAUCUGAUCCCAAUGGAAACAACGCGUGCGGCUCGGAUGAGUUAACCUGUGGCUGCUGCGCGAUGCUGCGCCAGGUGAACAUGAUGAGGACGCACUUUGACACAAAGCUGACUGAGUUGGAGAAAGAAGUCACAAAGACAGACCAAACACUGAACAAUAUGGAAGCCAACCGCACUGCCUUCACCGUCUCUUUAUACAGCGAUGAAGGUUUUAGGUGCUACGGGCCCUUUGGCUUCAACAACAUCAUCGUCUACAAAAACGUCUUCCUUAACAAGGGCGGAGCCUACAACAUGAACACUGGCAUCUUCACUGCUCCUGUCUCUGGGGUCUACAGCAUCGCCCUCACCAUCUACAGCGACGCCGGCUCUCCUGGUAACCUGCUGGCAGCCUGCGUCACUCUGCAGGUUAACGGCCAAGCAGUGGCCGGCGCGAAAGAACUGAAUACGAUGGACCAAGAGGACAGUGCCACUAUAGCUGUGGCCCUGCAGCUGACGGCUACAGACAAGGUGACUGUCAACUUAACCAAAGGCUGCUUCCUUUGUGAUGACAGCAACUACAACACUUUCAGUGCCUUUCUGCUUUAUGCUACUCAAUGAGUUAGGGUGGCUGUGGCUGACCUAUCAACUCCUGUCCCACUAACAAGGUUAGAGUCUGCUAGAUGAAAUCUUUUUUUUUUUCUGAUGCCUGGUAGAGCCCUCAUCUCUGCUCCUUUUUGGGGAAGCCCACUUAUAAACACACCACAUGUGGAUUCAAUUUGAUUGUAAACCUGAAGUCACAUUUUUUUCUGUAACAACAUAUACGAGAUAUAUAGGCUUAGCUCCCAAGCACCUUUAAAACUACAAGAACUCAAAUCAAAGUAUUUGACCUUAUGGUUGAUUUCAGCUGAAGAGCUGUGUGAUGUCUACCCUGGAGAAAUUGUUGUUAAAAUAAAAGUAUUGAAACAUUA